UGUAUGUUUUCACUUUAAAACUCUGCAUUUUGCUACUUUCUACCUUCCACUGCUGCUGUCUCUCACUCUUGCUGAUUUCCACUUUAUCACUUUCCACUACAUCAUUACUUUAUUGCUCUCUGCUUUCACUGUUUCUAUUGUCCACUUUUGACACACGUCACUUUCACUAUUUUCUCCUCUAUCACUUUCCACUAUAUCACUUUCCACUAUAUCACUUUCCACUACAUCACUUUCCACGACAUGAUUUCCACUACAUCACUUUCCACUACAUCACUUUCCACUACAUCACUUUCCACUACAUCACUUUCCACUACAUCACUUUCCACUACAUCACUUUCACUUUAUUACUCUCUGCUUUCACUGAUACUCGUCACUCUCACUACUUUCCCCGUCAUCACCUUUUUUAACAUCUUCACUUCAUCGCUCUUCUUUACUGCUCCUUGCCCUGCCUUUCGACCCUAAGGCUCGUGUUGGCUGCGGGCCCCCACAUGCCCCAAACCUGGCCCUAGAACCGCGCGAAUGCCGCGCCAAUAAAUGUCCCAACGGUCCCCAGACACCCUAAUAACCCCAUCAUCUUCCGCCAAAAACAGCCGAAAUCAUAGAAAGUCACAAACAU